AUGGAGCUGUUGACGGAGAAAGAAAAGGAGAUGAUACGGGAUAGCUGGGAGAGCCUGGGCAGGAACAAAGUUCCUCACGGAAUGGUGAUGUUCUCCAGGCUGUUUGAGCUGGAGCCGGCCCUACUUGGGCUCUUCCAAUACAACACAAGCUGCGGCUCCACACAGGACUGCCUGGCCAGCCCCGAGUUCCUGGACCAUGUCACCAAGGUGAUGCUGGUGGUGGACGCGGCAGUCAGCCACCUGGACGACCUGCUGUCCCUGGAGGACUUCCUGCUGAACCUGGGGAGGAAGCACCAGGCGGUGGGAGUGGACACCCAGUCUUUCGCCGUGGUGGGGGAGUCCCUGCUCUACAUGCUGCAGUGCGCCCUGGGUGAGACCUACACGGCCCCGCUGCGCCAGGCCUGGCUCAACAUGUACAGCGUGGUGGUGUCCGCCAUGAGCCGCGGCUGGGCCCAGAACGGCGAGCACAAGGCCGACUGA